CACCCGACCGGAACCGGAAGCGAACCCUGCGCCAGGCUGGGAAGCCGGCGUCGGACCCGUCAGCAGCCGGCGGCGGUCGUCGGGGGCGGCGGCCGCGCUGCUCGGUGGGAGCCGGUCCCGCGGCCGGGCGGGCGGUCCGAGGGCGCGGCGCCAUGAAGCUGUACAGCCUCAGCGUCCUGUACAAAGGCGAGCCCAAGGCGGUGCUGCUCAAAGCCGCGUACGACGUGUCCUCCUUCAGCUUCUUCCAGAGGUCCAGUGUUCAGGAGUUCAUGACCUUCACGAGUCAGCUGAUCGUGGAGCGCUCGGCCAAGGGCAGCAGAGCUUCAGUCAAAGAACAAGAAUAUCUGUGCCACGUCUACGUGCGAAACGACAGCCUUGCAGGGGUGGUCAUUGCUGACAGUGAAUAUCCAUCCCGGGUGGCCUUUACCUUGCUGGAGAAGGUACUAGACGAAUUCUCCAAGCAGGUGGACAGGAUAGAGUGGCCAGUCGGAUCCCCUGCUACAAUUCACUACACGGCCCUAGAUGGCCACCUCAGUCGAUACCAGAACCCCCGAGAAGCUGAUCCCAUGAGUAAGGUGCAGGCUGAGCUGGAUGAGACCAAAAUCAUUCUGCACAACACCAUGGAGUCUCUGCUGGAGCGGGGGGAGAAACUAGAUGACCUGGUGUCCAAGUCUGAAGUGCUGGGGACACAGUCUAAAGCCUUCUAUAAAACGGCCCGGAAGCAGAACUCAUGCUGUGCAGUAAUGUGACAGCAGCGCGCAGAGGCCCCUGGGCCAAACGCCAGUCAUUCUCAUCAGAACCACAGUCCCUGGAGAAGCAGAGCCACCACGGGAAGACUCUGCACCCCUGGAGCCCUUGGCUGGGACCGAGGGGUCGCAGAACGGCCUGGGGGUGGGGAACAUUCAAAUUUACAUGCCUGGUGAUUUUUGGAAAGAUGGUUUGAGGCCCCCAGGGAUGUAUUACUGGGCCAGAUGAAACCAUAAACUCUUGAGUGACUCACA